UUUGCUUCUUUGAACGAUUACAGUCGACCUAAAAACCUUGAAAACAAAUAUUUUUUUGUAAGUAAAGAAAAUAACCUUAAUUUGUAACAUGAACUGUGAUUUGUAUUAGACUAUUAGAUUAAACUUAAAGUUUGCUAAACGCGAUUGGAGGAGAAAAUGUCUGAUAUGGCAGAUGAUAAAAAGGAUGAGGAGAAGGUGUACGGGGGCUGCGAAGGCCCGGACGCCAUGUACGUGAAGCUAAUCUCGUCAGACGGCCACGAGUUCAUCGUGAAGCGGGAGCACGCACUCACGUCCGGCACCAUCAAGGCGAUGCUGAGCGGCCCGGGCCAGUUCGCGGAGAACGAGACCAACGAAGUGAACUUCAGGGAGAUCCCGUCUCAUGUGCUGCAGAAAGUAUGCAUGUACUUCACCUACAAAGUGCGUUACACCAACAGUUCGACAGAGAUCCCAGACUUCCCGAUCGCUCCAGAGAUUGCCUUGGAACUGCUCAUGGCGGCCAACUUCCUGGAUUGUUAAUAUCUUCUGGGCGAAGAUGGGUAUUCCUCUUUCCUCUUCAAUAUUCUUUGCACUGAGUACCAGUAACUUAUAACUGUAUUGUUAAAGUAAUCAAUGCUGAUCAGUGCAAUCAUUAAGUUGAGGAAUUGAUGAGAUUGAUUUUAACAGCAGGCACGUAUAACUGAUUGGUGAUAAGAACCUGUUGCUUUAUUACUAGCAAAGAGGAUUUGAGGUUGACUAUCAUAUAAUAUUUUUUUGAUCUGUUUGACUUUUAAUUGUUUUAUGUUACUAAGUUCCUUUUGCAGUUGUAUAAUAAAGAGAGGAAAUUUUGUUUUAUUGAAAUUUGAAUGUGCUAAGUAUGCAUUGUAUUCAGCUAGGAAAAUUUUAAUCCUACAAUGAAUAAAGGUACUCUGGAUUAACAGUGUGUAUGUUAUAAACAUUGAAUUGCAAAGUUUUUUUUAAACAUAAUAUGAAUUUAUCUGUCUAGCAUCAUAAACUGUAGAUCCACAUUAAAAUGUUUUGUGGGAUUGCAAGGCAGGAAGUGUGUAGAAUACAUAAGUUGUUGUGAUGUAGUAGCACUGCAGUCAGUUUUUUGGUUGAAACAUUGUCCUUAACAUUUUUGUGGCUCCAACGGCAUGCAUUCAUGGAAAAUAAAAAAUAAGAAAAUAAAAACAUUAGUCUGUUUUCUAUUACAUUUCGAUUUUGGUAGCUUAGUCUUAUGCUUAAAUUUAUGUUAAUUGAAUUUAUGUGCUACCACAAUUUUUGUAUUUUAAUGAAAGAAAUGUGCAGCUGUGUUCUCACAUUUAGAAUGGUUAUUAAUUCACUAUUGUGUAAAGGAAAAUAAAAAUCUAAGCAAAGAGA